ACUCACUCUCUUCAGUCUUUACUCUCUGUCUUGGGGCAGUACAUCAAUACUGCUCUGUCUCUUUUUCUACUAUGUCACUGAGAGUAAGCAGAGAGAUACAAACUAGCCCAUUGCAGUAAAACCUCAAAUUGCAUUCCUCAAAUUCUAGUGUAUUUUCAUAGAUCCACUUGGUGCUACAGAGCUCCCCUGUUUUUCCUCUGUUUUCCCCUGUUUUUUCCUCUGUUUUCCCCUGUUUCUCAGGCCAAAAAUGGCUCAAGUUUCAGGUAAAAGUUUCAUUCCAGAGACUUUCCAGGGCACAACAGUGGAUAUAGCAACUCAAAUUGGGUUGCUCUGGGAGCUCAUUAAGACCCCAUUAAUUGUACCAUUGCUUAAACUAGCUGUGGUUAUUUGUUUAGCUAUGGAACUCAUGCUCUUUGCUGAGAGAUUAUACAUGGGAAUAGUCAUUAUAUUGGUUAAACUCUUUUGGAAAAAGCCUGAGAAAAGAUACAACUGGGAGCCAAUGAAAGAUGAUUUAGAAGCUGGGAAUUCUACUUUUCCUCUCGUGCUUAUACAGAUCCCUAUGUUUAAUGAAAGAGAGGUUUACAAAAUCUCUAUUGGGGCUGCUUGUAAUCUCUCAUGGCCAGCUGAUCGCCUUGUUAUACAAGUUCUCGACGAUUCAACUGACCCGAUUAUUAAGGAAAUGGUUGAGAAAGAAUGCAAAAGAUGGGCAGCUAAAGGCUUAAACAUAACCUACCAAAUCAGAGAAACUAGAGGUGGCUACAAAGCUGGUGCACUUAAAGAAGGAUUAAAGCGUGAUUACGUUAAAGAAUGCGAAUACGUGGCGAUUUUCGACGCUGAUUUCCGGCCAGAACCCGAUUUUCUCCGACGGUCCAUUCCAUUCCUCAUGCACAAUCCUAAAAUUGCACUUGUUCAAGCCAGAUGGAGAUUCGUGAAUUCUAAUGAGUGCUUGAUGACAAGAAUGCAAGAGAUGUCACUAGAUUACCAUUUUACAGUGGAGCAAGAAGUGGGCUCAGCUACUCAUGCCUUCUUUGGUUUUAAUGGGACUGGUGGCAUAUGGAGAAUUGCUGCCAUCAAUGAGGCCGGUGGCUGGAAAGAUCGAACAACAGUCGAAGAUAUGGAUCUUGCUGUUCGGGCUAGUCUUAAGGGCUGGAAAUUUGUUUACCUUGGCGAUCUUCAGGUAAAAAGUGAACUUCCUAGUACUUUUAAGGCCUUCCGAUAUCAGCAACACAGAUGGUCUUGUGGUCCUGCCAAUUUGUUUAGAAAAAUGGUGAUGGAAAUUGUGAGGAACAAGAAAGUUAACUUCUGGAAAAAGGUUUAUGUGAUUUACAGCUUCUUCUUUGUACGAAAGAUCAUAGCUCAUAUGGUCACAUUUUUCUUUUUCUGUGUCGUCCUUCCAUUAACCAUCAUGGUUCCUGAAAUUGAUGUUCCGAAAUGGGGAGCCAUAUAUAUCCCUUGCAUCAUCACCACUCUCAAUUCAGUUGGAACCCCCGGGUCAAUCCAUUUACUGUUUUACUGGAUCCUGUUUGAAAAUGUGAUGUCAUUCCACCGUACCAAGGCAACCUUUAUUGGAUUAUUUGAGGCAAAGAGGGCUAAUGAAUGGGUUGUGACUGAGAAACUAGGAGAUGCUCUCAAGAACAAAAAAUCAGCUAAGAAAUUCAACUUCAAUAUAGGAGACAGAAUACACGUUACAGAGCUGGGAUUCGCAGCAUUCCUCUUCUUCUGCGGAUGCUAUGACUAUCUUUAUGGGAAAAACAACUACUUUGUUUACAUGUUCCUCCAAACAAUAACAUUUUCUAUCGUGGGAUUAGGCUACAUUGGUACCAUUGUCCCAAGCUGAUACGCAUGGAAAGCAUGAACUGCAUACAUACAUCGCAUCAAGGCCUUACUAUGCAAGUUCUUCCUUCCACCGUUCCACGUAACAUAUACAUAUGCCUGCUUUUUGUUCAGCAUUGAUUUGCAUUUGAGGCCCUCUAGAAAUGGUCACGUAAGUGAGCCGACUGGAGAACAAACUGGUGGUGGUCUUAGCUAGGAGUCAGUCAGUUGUAAAAGGUUGAAGAAGGCUAAAAUUGCAGCCGCUGUAUGGUAGAGAUAGAUUAGUCUUCAAAGUUGCUUGUUUUGUUGUGGAUGAGUGAGUUAUACUUGUAGUUUGUUUCAGCUCCAGAGUGAAAUAAGUUAGCAAAAAUCAAUGCAGUAUGGCAAGGCUUUAGCAAGUUGUAGAAUACUUUAUUAUGUGCAACUAGCUUUACAUUUAAGAUGCCA